AUGUUCUUCCAAGGACUGAACUCGGCAUUCCAGAGCCUGGACCUGACCCACAGAGAAUUCAGCAGCGGUCUUGGAGGCCACGGCUUGUUGCUCCUCCUCUCCGACACGCUGUCUGAGUUUCUUGAUCUCUCAGCCAUGCUUCUGCAGCAUGACAGAGUUCGACUCCCAUCUGGACCGGGUCUCCUCGAUGGUUGCAUCAAUCUUCUCUCAGAGCAUAACGAACUCCGCGAUCAGGCUCGCCUCUGCAGACAUCAGCACAAACCCAUCUCCACCCUGUUCGGGAGCCUAGCCUUGUCCGACCUCCUGUUAAGCUCAUCUUCCUUUUGGAUCGCGCUGCUGUUCAUCCAGGAGCCGCAGGAGACGGUUUUCGGCUCGAAGGAGUUGCUAUAUGCCUACACAAUCCUUGGCAUCUCCAUCCUGUCUACCGUCUACAAUCUGAUGGCCAUCGGCGUUGAGCGUUACCUAACAGUGGCGGACUGUCUGAGAGCCAGGUGUACCAUCUGCCAUUGGCAAACCGGGCUGGCAGCUACAGGCAGUUGGCUGGUGGCUGGCCUGUUUGGUGGACUGCCUCUGAUGGGUUGGAAUUGUUUGGACAGAGACGAAGCCUCGUCUGCUCUCUACCGGCCGCUCUGCAUCGAUUAUUUGGUUUUUGUCACCAUCCCCAACUGCGUACUCACUUUCACGUGUUUACUGGUCACCUACGUUGCCAUCAUUGUCAUUUUAAAGAAACAGAAAUGCAUCAUUGCAGCCCAAGGACACGUUAGUCCCAGGUACAGAGUGGCUGAAGCCCGUGUAGCAAGGACGAGUGUGAUCAUAUGGAUUAUGACCGUGGUCUCCUACUGCCCAUUCUUUUCUGGUGUGCUCUGGGAUGCUCUCGAUCAUUCCUCCCUCUCGGAGCUUCAAAUCCACGUUUACAUUUUCAGAAACCUCACCGCAAUCAUGAUAACGCUGAACUCUUUAGUUAAUCCCAUCGUCUAUACUCACAGAUUGGAAAAAAGCGGCGUUUCCUUCAGAUGUCCGGUUAAUAACAACAUCCACUUACAGACAGUAAGGGAUUCAUGA